AUGCUUACUGCGACUUGGCUGACCAUCAAGCCCUACUUCUAUCCUCUGGGCAAUACGCCGGCUACUAAUCUGUUGCGCAAUCACCUACCAAGUGACGAGCCUGUUGAGAUACUCGUAAUCGGCUGCGGCGAUGUUCGAAACAUCCUGUUCACCAUCUGGUCUGAACAGCGCCGCGCAUGUAACUUCAACUUCACUGCAUGUGAUUAUGAUGCUGCUGUUCUAGCCCGCAAUGUGUUUUUACUGACGGCAAUCAUCCUCGAUCCUUCCUCUGAACUGAUCGAAAGCUUAUGGCGCAUCUACUACCACUUCUACGUAACCAAAACCGACCUCGCUUUCAUCAAGCAACACUGCAAACAACUUUUUGCAGCAUCUGAGAGCAUAUCCACAUGGAAUGAUACACCUUUCGGUUCGUCGCUCAAGUUCUCCACCGAGACUUCUUUAUCCGAAGUGCGCCGUUACUGGGUUCUGUACGCUCAGGCAAAUACCGAGCAGGCAGAUCUUGAAGUCAGGCGAGCUAUCAAAUCCAUUUACGACAACAACGUGCAAGCCAUGGUAACAAGUGGCGAACGAUCUGCUGGAGCUCACGGUGUUUCUGCAUGUGGUAUCCUCAGCGAUGCGUUCACUGCCUUCUGGAGAACUGGUGUUGUAGCAGGCAAUGACCAAGACACAUCUAUGCUUCGUAAUGAUGAAGGUGGCAAGGUCAACCCAUUGAUGUCGGUUUCGCAAUCCGAUCUGUUCGAUGUAUACCGCGCCUCUGAUCCGUUGGUAGGCUUCCAUUUGGCUGAAGUCUUCGACGUUCCUCAGCCACCAGAUGCAGCCAUGAAUUGUCUUGCACGCCUAGCCAAAUCUCAGUUUUCUGAAUGGUGUAACACUUUUGCAUCUAGCAUUUCAUCGAGCUCGGUCAACAUCAUGCAUCAUUGCGGAGAUGCUGUCAACUUCUCAUAUGCUUUACAAUCUAUUCGAGGCUGUACCACUAUGCCUUCUUACACCCACUUCUACAACAAGCCAUACAGCGCCGUCCCCCUCGAUCCACCUUCAUCAGUGGCCACCAGCUACGAUGUCAUUGACACAUCGAAUGUCAUGAAUCACAUCGGUCUUUUAGCCCUUCUGCCUGCCGUCGUGCCUCUCUUGUCUGAAGGAUCCGGUUCUGUGUUGUACACAGAUAAUCUUGUACAAGGCUCGGAAAAAUCUGAGAGGCUUUUGGAAACUCUGCUACAUUCGAAUGUCACGAUGUCAUCACUACUUCUCGGUGUCGCUCCUACCGGAUAUCUCAUAGGAUCGAUGACAGACUCUACGCUUGUUGAGCAGAUGCUCGACAUGGUUCCAUCCAGUAGCCAGAAGCAAUACCGCGUGCGCAUUCCAUGGCAGCGUCCUGCUCAAGGCGAUAGCAUGGUGCCGAAUGUCAAGUCGGCAUCCUAUCGUCUCAGCAUGGAUCCACACGAGCUGGCAUCUUACUUCAUGCAGACGUACCUUGCUAUGUUCCGUGAGACAGAGGACCUAAGCAUCCGGUCCGAAGUAUUGACACGCAAGGAGACACAACCUUUGGCAGGCGAUGUCGAUUACUAUUCUCGACUCACGCUUGUCACACUCAUCGCAUCAGCUAAACGCAUCAUUUCUACUGACUGGCAAGAAUGUAUCGGCGCCCUCAUUCAAAUGAUGAAAGACGACACAUCUCUUUCUGGGGGCUCGAAGAGAAUGCAAGAACUCUACAUGCACCUGCACCUAUCUGGUCUGUGGCACAUACCCGCGCUAGAAGAAGGUCCGCUGAGAGCGAAGUGUGAUGAUUCGAUUCGCCCCUCUAGCGAAUCUGGCGACAUAGGAGUGCUUGGUAGAGACAUUCUGCCUGGGACCGUUCAUGUCGCAUUGGUCGUCCCCAGAAGCAGCCUUACGUGCUUGACAGACCUUCCUGUUGACGUGGUCGGAACGCCGGCGGUGCAUCUCUGGUUGCGCAACAAAGUUUUCGAGGCCGCCUUCUUCGCUAUCGAUGUCUUCUUUGGUCACUUCGAAUCAGGUGACCCCGAGGUAGCAAAGGUUGUAGAAGAUGCUCAUGGGUGGUCAGGCACUUCCGACCUGAUUGUUACCUGUAAGAUGCCUACUUGGGGAUUGUUGGUCGGACCUCGCCAGGACGUGCACAUUGAGCUUGACAUCAACACUUCACGUCCCUUUCUAGGUCGCAUCACGGAGCCCGGAACUCGAGCUAGGCACUACACUGCCACGCUGGAGAGCGAGAACGUUCGAAUCUUGGCUACACCUCCCAGUACAAAGCCUGAUGCAGUGUUUGACACCUACUCUGCUGCAAAUUCAGAGCCAUCUGGAUCGACUUGGGCUAAUUUAGCUCUAGAUUCUGAUGCUACUGUGCAGUCUAUCGGAGUCACCAACAACUUCGCAGACGAUUCCGAAGAGAGUCGUGCUCUGAAGAAUGGUGGUAUGGUUACAAUCUCACAAAUUUCACCAUGCGUUCUUGCUGCUUGCAUCGGUAACUUGAAGCGUGAAAGCAAGUUCUUUUUCCCCUUCCCUAUCAAUGGAGCUGCAUACAAGAUGAAGAUAGCUCGCCAAUCCUCGUGGAUCGAAAUCAGAGCUCCCACAUCGAACGCUCUUCAGCCUAGUGGCUACGAUCUAGACCCGUUCCCUAUCAUCAGUCAGGGUACUGGGUUCCUGCCUUGGAAUUUCAGCCGUGUCGAUCCUGACCUCCAGCCGCAAGUUGAUACCUCAGCCUCGAACUGCGCAUUCUUGCAGCCACUCUGGGCCACAUCACUGAGCAGAAAGGAGCUUGCUCAAAUCAACACAACUCAGGUCACUAGCUCCAUCCCACCCAUGGCACAGUUGAAGGAGAUUAUCAGACAGUGGUUUCUUACAUAUGCUGGAAUUUCUGGCAGUGCCAACGGCCAAGACAUACGAUUGUUCACUCUGAUGCGCGACGUAAGGUCGAGCAAGAUCCUUCCCGAGUGGAUGGUUGUUGCCAAAGCCUUGCGCCAUGAUCGUGACACAGGCUCUGUUUUUUUGGAUGCGUUUUUCGUUCCUACGACCCCCGAAGUGAUCAAGUUGAAUCCUUACAAAGCAAUGGUCAACGGCAAGCUGGUUGGAAACACCGCAGUGGUUAUCGCAAGUAAGGAGGCCAUGGAUCUGUGGCAACGUCUUGUACCAGCUCUUGCUGAACGCUGCCGCUCUUGGGAGCACACCUUGGACUGCAAAUACAGAGUCAAAUUCGACAAGACGUCUCUCUGCGGCUGUGGACAAGGUCAAGAUGCAGCGAUUAUGCCCGAGCCUUACAAGAAAAUUGCUCGUUUCGCCACUCGCAUCGCUAUCCCUAUCAUCUUCGCGGUUCCUUAUGUCGAGGCUGUGGGUGGCCAAGAAAUCAUGGGUGAGCUUGCCACUGCCUUGAAACAGCAUCUGAAGAUGAACCAGCAUAUGGGAGCCACUGAUGCCAUGUUGUCUGCUGCUUUGGCAAUCGGCCAAGACUUGGAGCAGAAGUCCGCUGAUACUGCAAGCUGUGACAAGUGUGGAAACAAUGGUCCUGGUCUCAAGGUCUGCUCCCGUUGUGAGAAAGUCAAGUACUGUAACCAUGCUUGUCAGAAGGCAGCCUGGAAAACUCACAAGAAGGUUUGCAAGCGCUGA